ACAGGUGAUGAGUACUGCCGUCGAGGUGACAUAGCACUUGACGGAGUGCAGCAGUGUGUAAAGGUGGUAGAUGACGUCCUUCUAUGGAAUGAGGACUAUGCAUCCCACCUAAAGCGAGUACAGGAAGUUCUCAUGAGAUGCCGUGCACAUGGCAUUACCGUGAAUGCAGACAAGUUUGUGCUUGCAGCCCCAGAAGUGUCAUUCUGUGGAUAUACCCUGUCAGGGAAUGGAAUUGCAGCUGAGGAAGAGAAAGUCCGUGCCAUAGCUGAAUUCCCAAAACCAGCUAACCUGACUGACCUCAGAUCAUUUAUGGGCUUGGUGAACCAACUGGCUGAGUUCACCCCUGCAAUUGCCGAGUCUGCUGAUGUUUUACAGCCCCUCAUGAGUCCCAAGCGUGCCUUCAUAUGGACUCCUGAUCAUGAUGCAUCAUUCAGCUGUGUGAAGAAAGCUCUAUCACAACCACCUGUUCUCGCCCAUUUUGACCCAGCACUCAAGACCAUACUUCAGACAGAUGCUUCCCGCCUGUAUGAUGUAGGCUAUGCACUGUUGCAAGAACAUAAGCCUGGAGAAUGGCGAUUAGUGCAAUGUGGUUCCCGAUUUCUUGCAGACGUGGAGACGAGAUAGUGGCUGUCGUAUGGGCUAUGAUGAAGUGCAAAUAUUACCUGCUUGGUUUGCCCCACUUCACUUUGAUGACAGACCAUAGACCUCUGGUACCCAUACUUAACUCGUACACGCUAGAUACUAUUGAUAACCCCCUACUACAACGCCUGAAAGAGAAGAUAGCAAGUUAUGUCUUCACAGCUACGUGGCGUAAAGGAAAGGAACUAGUAAUCCCAGAUGCUCUUUCCCGUGCUCCAGUGGAUUCACCGUCCCCUGAAGAUAUCGCUCUUGGUGAUGACACACGUCACUAUGUCAGAUGUGUAGUCACCCAGCGUAUGGCCACUCUGAGUGCAGUAUCAGGGACAAUACAGACAAGUGACUUGGUGCUUGAUAAGAUGCGAGCAGCAGCAAUUUGGACUCUGACCUACUCCCAUAUUGGAAGGAACAGGACAAUUUGUACCACGAUGAGGACCUCAUCCUUUUGGGACCCCGCAUUGUAGUUCCUUCUACCCUUUGCCGAGAAGUGUUGGCUCGCCUACAUGACAGUCACCGUGGCGUGGAAGCCACAAAGCGUCGUGCCCGACAGACUGUAGGGUGGCCUGGUAUCAAUUCAGAUAUCACAAAUGCAGUCAGAUCAUGUGAGCCUUGCCAAGUACUUCUUCCAAGUCAGCAACAGGAGCCCAUGAUGACAGAAGAAGCACCCACCAGAUUUUUUCAGUGCAGCGGGGAAGUCUUUCCUUGUGUAUGUUGACCGACUCUCAGGAUGAUGGCCUGUGAUAGCAUGCUGUGGCACUGACACCACAGCUGCCGCCACCAUUUGUUUCUUCAGGAGAUUCUUCCGUGACCUAGGAGUCCCUCUUCGGCUACGCACUGAUGGUGGACCUCAGUUUUCGAGAUUUUAACGACUUU